GGAACCUCGGCCUGCGCGGAGGUGGGGCCUGCGGCGAGCCUGGGCGGGCAGCGGCGGCAGCCCCGGAGAGCCUGAACGUGGACCUGAACCUGAACGUGAGCUUGAACCUGAGCCUGAGCCCGCACUUUUUGCAGAGUGGUCAUCAUGCUGCGCUUUCUGGUGCCCCGGCUGCUUUGCCUCCGUGGUGGGACCGCCCCCUAUUCCUCUGCAGCCCUUCCACGCCCCAUCCUGAAUCCAGACAUCCGCUACAACCAGCUGUUCAUCAACAAUGAGUGGCAAGAUGCCAUCAGCAAGAAGACCUUCCCAACGGUCAACCCCACCACUGGGGAGGUCAUCGGGCAUGUGGCUGAAGGAGACCGGGCUGAUGUGGAUCGGGCUGUGAAAGCAGCCCGCGAGGCCUUCCGCCUGGGGUCCCCAUGGCGCCGGAUGGAUGCCUCCCAGCGGGGCCUCCUGUUGAACCGCCUGGCUGACCUAGUGGAGCGGGAUCGUGUCUACUUGGCCUCACUGGAGACCUUGGACAAUGGGAAGCCUUUCCAAGAGUCUUAUGCCUUGGACCUGGAUGAGGUCAUCAAGGUAUACAGGUACUUUGCUGGCUGGGCUGACAAGUGGCAUGGCAAGACCAUCCCCAUGGAUGGUGAGCACUUCUGCUUCACCCGGCAUGAGCCCGUUGGUGUCUGUGGCCAGAUAAUCCCGUGGAACUUCCCCUUGGUCAUGCAGGGUUGGAAGCUCGCCCCGGCGCUUGCCACAGGUAAUACCGUGGUCAUGAAGGUCGCAGAGCAGACCCCCCUAACUGCCCUGUACUUGGCCUCCCUCAUCAAGGAGGCAGGCUUUCCCCCUGGAGUAGUGAACAUCAUCACAGGUUAUGGCCCUACAGCAGGUGCCGCCAUUGCCCAGCACAUGGACAUUGACAAAGUGGCCUUCACAGGCUCCACUGAGGUGGGCCACCUGAUUCAGAAGGCUGCCGGUGAGUCCAACCUCAAGAGGGUCACCCUGGAGCUAGGUGGCAAGAGCCCCAGCAUUGUGUUGGCCGACGCCGACAUGGGCCAUGCUGUGGAGCAGUGCCAUGAAGCCCUCUUCUUCAACAUGGGCCAGUGCUGCUGCGCUGGUUCCCGAACCUUCAUAGAAGAGUCCAUUUAUGACGAGUUUCUCGAGAGAACUGUGGAGAAAGCUAAGCAAAGGAAAGUUGGGAACCCCUUUGAGCUGGACACCCAGCAGGGGCCCCAGGUAGACAAGGAGCAGUUUGAACGAAUCCUGGGCUACAUCCAGCUAGGCCAGAAGGAGGGGGCAAGACUUCUCUGCGGUGGUGAGCGUUUUGGAGAGCGUGGUUUCUUCAUCCAGCCUACAGUCUUUGGUGGCGUUCAGGAUGACAUGAGGAUCGCCAAGGAGGAGAUCUUUGGGCCUGUGCAGCCCCUGUUCAAGUUCAAGAAGAUUGAAGAAGUGAUUGAGAGGGCCAACAACACCAGGUAUGGCUUGGCUGCUGCCGUGUUCACCCAAGAUCUGGAUAAGGCCAUGUACUUCACCCAGGCACUCCAGGCUGGGACAGUGUGGGUGAAUACCUAUAACAUCGUCACCUGCCACACCCCCUUUGGAGGCUUUAAGGAGUCUGGCAAUGGGAGAGAACUAGGGGAGGAUGGACUGAAAGCCUACACAGAGGUGAAGACGGUCACUAUCAAAGUUCCUCAGAAGAACUCGUAAGAACAACCGCCACAGAGGCCCAGCACCAGCCCAGCGAUUCUACAACCACCAAAACUAGUGGUUGCUAUACUUUUCUUGGCCAUGGACAAUCCCUUCGGUUAUUCCAAAUGAACUCUUGCAGAGAACCCCAAUGAGUAAGGCAAUUAAGUUAGAGCUGUUCUACUUAAAGGAAGGGUGGGUGUUGGGUUCAGAGUCCUAACCACUUUCUCUCCAGUCCCUGCUCCCUUGGUGGCCUUUGAGUCACUUCCCUGAAACCUUAGGAGUCUCUGGAAGACAGAUUAAAAAUCACUGAUUUGAGCUCUUCCUGCUCAUCCAUGGGUUUUCUACUAGAAUAACUUGAUGGCUUAGUGGGGGGGCUUAACUCUGACAGGAUCGGAAGGCCUUAGGCAUCACGUCUUUCUGCUUUUCAUUGGUGUAACCUAAAAACCAGAGAUGCCUUUGAUUUUCUAAAUACUAAUUGCUUGCCCUUCCUUUU